AGCAGAUUCCGAGGACGACGCUGUUUCUGGGGAUGAAUCUGGAGAGGAACAGGGAAGAGAGGAAGCUGAGCGGGCGCUGCAGAUGUACCAGUCUAUGGUGGGACAAGUUAUGUACCCAGUCUCAUGCACCAAGGUUGACAUGGCCUAUGCAGCAAGCUACUUGGGGCAGCACGCGCAGCAGGGGAGGAAAUGGAGGGAGAUGAGGCGGACAUUAGAUUACCUGCUGCAGCAUCAGGAUGAGGGUUUACUAUUUGAAGGAGGAGAGGAGACAUUGGAGCUGGUGGGGUAUGCUGAUGCCUCACAUGCAUCAUGCAAGGAAACCAGGAGAGGGGCAUAUGGAUAUGUGUUCCUACUCGGAGGGACAGCUAUUACGUGGCAAGCUAAGAAGCUGGCAGAUAUAGCACUCUCAACUAUGGACUUGGCGAAGAACGACAACUGGCAUGGGAGGACUAAGCACAUGGAUGUGAAAUAUCACUGGGUGAGGGAGCAGUUAGAGAAGCAGCAGUUCAAGUUUGAGUUUGUGCGCACUGAGGAGCAGGCAGCUGAUUUCUUGACCAAGGUGCUGCCAAGGGCCAACUUUGAGUACUGCAAGGAGAAGGUCGGGAUACGUACCUUGAAGGACAUGCAGGGGAGUGUGAAGGUGACUUAGAGGGUGUGGUUGGCAGAACCACAGGGGAGGUUGUUGGAGUGGUUCCGCCACCCACAACGGACUACUCG